GCUCAAGAGAUACACUUCACCACUCGCCCCAAGUUGCGGUGCCUCUCCGCUCGCAUGGCCAAGCACAUCUUCAAUCCGGCCUCCGUCUCUGCCUCUGGGGGAAAGUCGUUGGCCUUCAAAUCGGCGUCGGUGUUGUCCGUGUUCUUUUGCGCCUUCGCCUUCGCCGCCCUGAUCAUCGAGCCAUUCUUGGGCGACUACCUGCUUGAAACAGCUCAAAAGGCCAAAGGGGGCGAUUCAGAGGUGCCUCAGGUUCCGAACGUGCUCUUCCCGGACGACUGGAAAUAUCGUGGGCAUCGUUGGCCGCAGCUUCUGUUCCUGACGCAGCAAGAGACCGAGUUUGCUCGUCGGAUGACCUUCUCUUUGGUGGUCGGUGCCUUGCUGGGACUUGAACGUCGAGAAUCCAAUCGAGGUGCAGGUGUCCGCACGAUGAGCUUAGUGUCUUUGGGCGCAUGCAUCUUCACCAUUGGAUCGCUCUAUGCCUUCGAAGCCGGAACCCAGACUUGGGAUUCCUCACGGGUCUCUGCCGCCUUGCCUUCAGGAGUGGGGUUCUUGGGUGGAGCUUUGAUCUUCAAGGAUUCAGGACAAAUUAAGGGCCUCACCACGGCGUGUGGCGUGUGGCUCGCCUGUGCCGUGGGCAUGUGCUGUGGUGGCGGGAUGUACUUCGUGGCCUUCUUCGGGGUGGCGGGUGUGGUGGCCAUCCUGCGCUUCGGGCCACGUUCGCCGAUGCCGGAGGAUGAGGAGGAAGCGGCCGAAGCAAAGGCGGUGGGACCGGUGGUCUCUGAAAGUGGCCUGGAGGAACCACUGGUGAAAAAGAAGUCGGGUCUACCUGGGCCGAAGAAAACCACCCUGCUGGUCAGCGAUGAGUAGGCAGAUGUAUAUAGGCAGUGUUUGUCUGGAUCGUUCCCGACACUGACAGCUAUAGCACAGUAGUGGCAGUCCUCGCUCAAUUUCUGGGCGACAAAGUAGUGGCACACAAUCAUACCGUUCCGCUUCAGAA